GUAACAAGUCCUGCCUCCACUCUGCAGCAGGCUGUGAGAGGGGAGGCAGGAGGGUUUUUCUUUUCUUUUCUUUUUUUUGUGUGUCGGUUUUGGUUGGAAAGACAUAAGUCGGAGUUUAUUGAGAAGGGCAGGUAAAGCAGCCAAACUCUUUCAACGCGUGGAAGAAACGGGAUUUGAGAGUCGCGAAAAAGGGGGAUUAUAAUCUGAAAAUGCCCGCAGCCAUGGAUGUGAGGAGAAACUCGGAGGUGUGUGGGCGGUUUCCAGACAAACAUGACUGCCAACAAGAGUUCGAAGGCUGUGCCUCAUGCAGGAGGGGGUAAAGCUCCGCGGGACGUGCCCGACAGGUGCCAGUCGGCAUCACCGUGUCCUGUUCUCUCUGCCAGUCAGGUGCAGAGCCAGCAGCCUCUGCUCAGCGACAGUGACAGCUCUGGGAAGCAGAGUAGGUACGUCAGGACUGACGGCAGGUUCCUGGUACGUGCUGGCUGGAACAGAAAAACUGCUACCUUGUGCAGUGGUGCAUCUCUCAUAGGUGACACUGACUCCCAAGGCCGUCUCACCAAGUCAAAGAGCAUCAGCUGCCUGGACAACAGGCUCUCCAUCUAUAAGCCGCCAGCUCAAACCAAGUCCUGUCAGGACAGUCAGGGCUUCCAGGAGCAGAAGGAGACACAAGGGGAUCUCUCUCCAGGAGAUGGACUUAAUGGUAGGCCCCUGAGUUGGAGCACGCUUUCACUGGGACCUUCCUCUAACCAAAGACACAAACGCACCCUCUCUCUCAGCCGCUCAGUUGCAGGUGUUCCCCCUGCCACAAUCCGCAAAAAGAUCUCAGAAUGGGAGUGCAGAAGGGUGGCUCUGCCUAGGAUGAGCUUGUGUCUAGAUAAAAGAGCGGGAGAGCGUGUAGGAGGCAGUGAGGGCUGCCCAAGCCUCCUCUCCUCUCCCUGUAGCGAGAAAACAUUUGACUUUAAGGGGGUUCGCAGGAUGAGCACAGCUUUCUCCGAAUGCUCCUACACAGAGACAGAAGAAGAGGAAGGAGUUUCAGGCAAAGACAGCGUGGGUCGCUUCCAGAAAAGGAUAGGCAAAUCAGAAUCAACAUUUGUACGUUCCCUGUCUGCUCGGAAGGAGACGUCUGCAGUCCUCAACAGGAUUCAAAAGAUAGAGCAAGCCCUGAAGGAGAAUCCCAGCCCAUCGCCUCCACGUUACCUAAGUAAUUGCUAUACUCCAGACAAGACAAGACAAAAGUCUUUUGUGAUAGGUGAUGAUUUGGACAGCACAUGCACCAGUAAGCGCAGCAGCAUUUGCUCAGUUGCUACUGAACCAGAUGCUGUUUUAGUGUCUGAUAAGCUCUCUAAACUCAGACAGAGGUUUAGUGUUAGCUCCGCCAGAUCCGAGAGUCCAGAACCCCCAAGCCAGCAGAUCUCUGUCGGCACUCCAGUCAACCCCUUACCUAAACCCAAACGCACUUUUGAGUAUGACGCCAAAGGGGACCAGAAGGGCACACUGCCAGCCAAUGGACUACCUCCAAACAGAGCCUCUGAGUCUCCCCCACCUCUGCCCUCGACCCCUGCACCCAGCAUGACUCGAACGGUGAAGGCAGAGGGGAGCACCCCAAUGAGACUCCAGGACAGAGAGUCGUGUGAGUCGGAGGAUGCUACGAGUCUGCCAUCUUCAUAUCUGUCUUCACCUACAGAGAAUGGCACAUUAACCACAGACACACGGAGUCGACCCAAUUCCAAAAGCACUUUAGAGGAGAAUGCUUAUGAGGACAUAGUAGAGAAGGAGAACCCAUAUGAGGAUGUUGACCUGAAACGGAAGAGUUUGGGUCGAAAGUCUUGUCUGCUGCUGGAGAGCAGCAGAUCGUGGACCACCAUGGACAGGAAGCUGAACUCUCCACCUCAGUUGCCUUCCAAACCCAGUAGCCAGUCCCUUCGCCUCCCCGGUCCGAGUGACAGGAAGAGCCACCGGAUAUCACAGUUGUCCAAACGCUACAGCCACGAUGAAAUGCUGCUUCUCCCCCAGCUGGGUGUAUCAACUUCAUCUUGUGGCUUGCUGGAUGAUAGCCUCUGUAGCACCAGUGAUACCCUGGCCUCGCACAGGCACUGGAGGAUCCCCAAGCUGGUCCAGAGGAUCAACUCCAUCUACUGCACUAAACGUGGGAAGAAGAGGCUGAAGAAGCUGUCCAUGUCCAAUGUUGAGACUAUAUCUCUGAGAGAUGACAACAGUGAGAGUGAGAGUGACUCUGACGACAGGUUCAAAGCUCACACCCAGAGGUUGUUGAAACUGCAGUCCAUCCUUCGACGGGCCCCCAGCUACCGCACACUGGAGCUGCAGCUCAUUGAGUGGCAGGAGAGAGAACUCUUUGAGUAUUUUGUGGUUAUUUCUCUAAAAAAGAAACCCAGCAAAAACUCCUACUCCCCAGAGGUCACCUACCAGUUCCCCAAGCUAGAGAGGCCCAGCAAGCAGAUGAGGGAAGCAGAGCAGAGACUCAAAGCCAUUCCUCAGUUCUGUUUCCCAGAUGCAAAAGACUGGAGACCUGUGUCCGAGUACACCAGCGAGACCUUCUCCUUCAUGUUGACCGGAGAGGAUGGCAGCAGGAGGUUUGGGUACUGCAGACGCCUGCUGCCAACUGGGAAAGGACCUCGCCUUCCAGAGGUGUACUGUGUCAUCAGCAGACUGGGCUGUUUUGACUUGUUCUCCACGAUCCUGGAUGAGGUGGAGCGGAGGCGGGGCGUCUCUGCAGCCCUGGUCUACCCCUUCAUGAGGAGUCUGAUGGAGUCGCCCUUUCCUGCACCAGGGAAGAUUAUCAAAGUUAAGACAUUUCUGCCCGGUGCAGGAAAUGAGGUCAUUGAGCUGAGGCGACCCACCGAUUCCAGACUGGAGCAUGUGGACUUUGACAGUCUGUUCAGUUGCCUCAGUGUACGGCAGGUGUUACGAGUCUUUGCUUCACUGCUGCUGGAGCGUAGAGUCAUCUUUGUGGCUGAUAAACUCAGUACCCUGUCUAGCUGCAUGCAUGCGGUGGUGGCGCUUCUCUACCCCUUCUCCUGGCAACACACCUUUAUCCCCGUGCUUCCAGGCUCCAUGUUGGAUAUUGUUUGCUGUCCCACUCCCUUCCUGGUAGGGCUGCUGUCCAGCUCUUUGCCGAAGCUCAAGGAGUUGCCUGUGGAAGAGGCUUUAAUGGUUGACCUGGGAACUGACCGAUUCCUCCGCCAGAUGGACGAUGAGGCCUCACUGUUGCCUCGGAAACUUCAGGCCGCUCUUGAGCAAGCGCUGGAGCAGAGGAAUGACAUCAUCAACCAGGACUCUGACAGUGAGUCAGACGAAGAGUAUAACUCCUUGAACAGCCUGGUGUCAGAGGCCUUCAUCCGCUUCUUCCUGGAGACCAUCGGCCAUUACUCCCUGUUCAUCGCUCAGAAUGAGCGCGGAGAGCGCGUUUUCCAAAGAGAGGCCUUCCGCAAGUCUGUGGCGUCUAAAAGCAUCCGUCGUUUCCUGGGCGUCUUCAUGGAGUCUCAGAUGUUUGCAGGGUUCAUUCAGGAUCGGGAGCUGAGGAAGUCCCGGGCUAAAGGUCUGUUUGAGCAGAGGGUGGAUCAGUAUCUGGAGGAGCUGCCAGACACAGAGCAGAGUGGAGUCAACAAGUUUCUGAAAGGCCUUGGAAGUAAAAUGAAGUUUCUCCACAAAAAGAACUGAAGGGAAACCAUCCCCCUGUUUUAAGUCAUCCCACAAACUGAAGACCUGAUGUCUCAAGUCUGCAUUCUGAUGAUUCUCACUUUUGUGUCUUUUGUUUUUUUAUGUAAACAUGUACAUAUUAUUUCACUGUAAGCUGGCUGUGAUACUCUUCAGUGUAUGUUUAUAGUACCUUACGAGAUAGUGAUAGCAGGACGGUACACAGCGAGUGAGCCGUAGAGUAACCACUGAUGUCCAGGUAUGCUUGUGAAGAGUGUUAUUAGAAUGUGUGGGUGUGUGUGUCUUGACAUGGGCAUAGAUGUACAGUUAAUAUGUUUUCAUUUUUUUGCAUUAUUUCACGACAGUGUUGUCCUCUGUUUAAGGAGUGUAAAACCUAUUCAAAAACUGUAAAUGCAUCAAGACAAUGAAGAAAAUGAUUGUAACUCUUCAUAGAGUCUUUUGCAAUCUUUUAUUAAAAAAAAAAUAGUUAAAAUGCUUCAAA